AUGUCCGUGUGGGUUUUUAUAAACCUUCUUUGUUUUGGUAUGUGUGGUUAUUUGUAUUUGAUCUGGUCACAAUAUUGGAUGAACAUUGAAAGACAGCGGCUGUUUAAUAAAACACCAAGCAUUCCGCAACAUGGCAGUGUCCCUGAAAUAAAUUUUCAAGAAACUUCUUAUUCUGAGAAGUAUAACAUUAACUCAGUGUUUGCUAAUACGAUGGUGAGAGAAAAAAAUGACCAUAUAAACAGGAGGUCAAUAGUUGCUAUGAAAAGUAGCGGAAAACUAUCUCAAUCUACCGGGCAAACCCGUCCGUUUACAAAUAUUGUGCGCAAAAGUCAUGGAAGUCCAAGAUUUCCGAACAUACAUAAACCAAUAUUAGAAUUUGAUAGUGAUAAAUACGUAUGUAAUGACUAUUUGACUUCGGAAUGUGAGGCGCGGACGGCUGAAUUCAAGACUCUGUUAUUGAAAGAGUUUCAUAGAGUCUUAAUGAGCGACAGCAAAGUUUUUACAUCAGGAUUAAAUUCACAAAACCCUUACGACGUGCACUAUGAAAGAGGGCAGUGGAAGGAGCGGACAAAAAAGGACAUUUUGUGCGCGUUAGGCGGUGUUUCUGUUCAAACAGUAACAGCAGAAGACGAACCAUUUAAGAUGUUAAAUUAUAACAUUCCUAAUGAUCCCUUACAACGUCAUCGAACAUUCAACACCUGUGCUGUUGUAACUAGUGCAGGUUCCUUACUGGGCUCUAAUUUAGGAGAUUUUAUAGAUUCACAUGAUAUGGUUCUAAGAUUCAACAACGCCCCCACUGAGAAUUUCACAGAAGACGUGGGAUCAAAAACAACAUUCCGUGUCUUAAAUUCUCAAGUUGUCACAAAACCGGAGUACAAUUUCUUGGACAAUCCUUUGUUUAAUGGAGUAUCGAUAUUAAUAUGGGACCCGGCAAAUUAUUCAUCCACUUUGGACGAAUGGUAUCAUCAUCCCGAUUUUCCUCUUUUUCCUGUUUACAAAAGAUUGCUUGAAACCAGACCGCAAGCGGAUGUACAUUUACUAUACCCUAACGUAUUGUGGGGUCUCUGGACCGUUUUACAAGAUUCAUCCCCCUAUCGUCUAAGAAGGAAUCCACCUUCAUCAGGUUUUACAGGUGUUUGGUUUGCAUUACACCGCUGCAAUCGUGUUCGCGUGUUCGAGUAUGUGCCAUCGGCCAGGGCCACACGGAGGUGUCAUUACCACGCGCCCCGCACCGACACCGCUUGCACUUUGGGUGCCUGGCAUCCACUAGCUCAGGAGAAGGCUCUUACUGAGAGAAUACGGGAAAAUUCUGAUAUUGAUGUCUUCCAAAGAGGCUUUCUUGACUUACCAGGUCUCAGCAAUAUAAACUGCAAGACUUAA